AUGUGCAGACGCAGCGAAGCUGAGACAGGGGCACAAAGCUCGCCCUCGCCUUCCCCUUUGCCUCUCCCCUUUCAUUCUCUGGGCCAUGCCAGGCAGGAAAGACAACGCUGCCAACCCCAGGUGUCAGGCAUCCGCUCGGCCCUGUGUCAGCAGAAACAGGAGAACGUGAGAGGGAAGAUCAAUCCUCCUCCCAUCCAGUCCACCAUCCAGCUCACCACCAGUCCUCCCAUCCAGUCCAUCAUCCUGCUCACCACCAGUCCUCCUCCCAUCCAUUCCACCACCAGUCCUUGUCCCAUCCAGUCCACCAUCCAGCUCACCACCAGUCCUCCUCCUAUCCAGCUCAACACUAGCCUUCCUCCCAUCCUGUUCACCACCAGUCCUACCAUCCAGUCCUCCCAUCCAGUCCACCACCAGUCCAACCAUCCUGUCCACCACCAGUCCUCCCCUCCUACCCAUCACAGAACCACCUCAGCAGAAACACGACGGAGCGACAUCGCCAUCCUGCUCACCACCAGUCCUCCUCCCAUCCAGUCCACCAUCCAGCUCACCACCAGUCCUCCUCCAAACCAGUCCACCAUCCAGCUCACCACCAGUCCUCCUCCCAUUCAGUCCACCAUCCUGCUCACCACCAGUCCUCCUCCCAUCAGUCAACCAUCAUGCUCACCACCAGUCCUCGUCCCAUCUAGUCCACCAUCCAGCUCACCACCAGUCCUCCUCCCAUCCAGUCCACCAUCCACAUCACCACCAGUCCUCCUCCCAUCCAGUCCACCAUCCAGUUCACCACCAAUCCUCCUCCCAUCCAGCUCAACACUGGCCUUCCUCCCGUCUUGUCCACCACAAGUCCUUCCAUCCAUCCCACCACCAAUCCCUCCAUCCAGUCCACCACCAGUCCUACUAUCCAGUCCUCCCAUCCAGCCCACCACCAGUCCUUCCAUCCAGCCCACCACCAGUCCUUCCAUCCAGCCCACCACCAGUCCUACUAUCCAGUCCUCCCAUCCAGCCCACCACCAGUCCUUCCAUCCAGCCCACCACCAGUCCUACUAUCCAGUCCACCACCAGUCCUACUAUCCAGUCCUCCCAUCCAGUCCACCACCAGUCCUAGCAUGCAGCCCACCACCAGUCCUACCAUCCAGUCCACCACCAGCCCAUCACCAGUCCUCCCAUCCUGUCCACCACCAGUCCUCCCAUCCUGUCCACCACCAGUCCUACCAUCCAGUCCCCCCAUCCAGUCCACCACCAGUCCUACCAUCCAGUCUUCCCAUCCAGUCCACCACGAGUCCCACCAUCCAGUCCACCACCAACAUAGGCAAAUGA